AUGCUCAAGGAUAUGGACUACAUCCGUAAGGAGGUUGAACGAUUCAUCCGAAACGAUAUCCGGGAGGCGCGGAAGAACCGCAAGAAUAGGGUUCGCCUGCUCAAUCGCUUAGAUGCGAUGCUUGCCCUGCGCAACGAGGACCCGUCCGAAUUUACCCAAGAGGAAGUUGAUGACAUUAAGGCACUCAUUGAUAUUGCCGGUUUCGGUGGUGAGACCAACUUCGUCAACGCAAUCUCCGCCAGUGGCGGUAAGAUCUGGAAGACCUACAUCCCCGGUAAAAUUGCCUUUGAUAGCGAAGUGGCAACCCUCACCGGCUUUACCGGAAUCGCUUUUGCCACAAUUGAUGAUGCGCGCGUGCUGACCGAUACCCCGCUCGAUACAAUUAACCGAAUGGAUUUGAGUCAAGAUGGUGCCUUGCAUAAACAGGCGAAAACCCUUGCCGCCAUUCUCAUCCAAGCGAUGCGCGAUCCGAAGAUGCCCACCGCCGCGCGGGUAGGGAACUUUCUACUGCAACCUAUUUGGCGAUGUAGUUGA